AUUCAGGGGGAAAAAGACCCAGAAGGGGCUGUUCACCUGUUACGAGGAGAUGUGAGACCUGCUGGAGUUCUUUGAUGUUCAAGAUCUUGGCAAAAAAAAGGUGAGAACCAACACUCGAAGGAAAUUAGCAGCACGUGCGGAGUAAGGGACUCUCUCACGGUUCUUUCCCACUGGCUCAUUGUGCAUGAUCUUCAGGAUGAGAUUAUCAGUCAGUGCCGUCUUUGUGCUCUCAGUCAUAAGCUGGCAAACAGACUGGGUUGCUGCUCAAAGCGUGAAAGGGGAUUUCGGGCCAGUGUUUGAAGAGCAGCCAAAAAACACCCUGUACCCUGAAGGUUCAACAGAAGGGAAGGUGACAUUGAACUGCCACGUCCGAGCCAACCCACAUCCAAAAUACAGCUGGAAGGUUAACGGCACCAAUAUUAACAUUGAAAGAGACAGCCGUUACAGUCUGAUUGGAGGGAAUCUGGUGAUCAGUAACCCAACGCGGUCCAAAGACCCUGGAUCCUAUCAAUGUCUGGCAACAAACUCAAUUGGGACCGUCAUAAGCAGAGAGGCUUUCCUUCGCUUUGGCUAUCUUUCACAGUUUUCAACAGAAGAGAGGGAACAGGUGAAGAUGAAUGAAGGGACGGGAUUGAUGCUUCCUUGCAACGCACCCCCCCAUUAUCCAGCUCCAACAUAUCGCUGGUUUAUCGACGAAAUCCCGAACUUCAUAACGCCAGAUGAUCGUCACUUCAUCUCGCAGGUGACAGGGAAUCUCUACAUCGCCAAAGCGAAGACUUCCGAUACUGGGAUCUACUCCUGCUAUCUCACCAGUCACAUUGACUACGCCACAACAAGUGUCUUCAGCAAGGCUAUUCCCCUGACUGUGCUGUUUGUUGGUGAAACCAGGAUGCAUUCUCCUCACAUUCGGGUGAAAUUCCCCUCUGAAACCUAUGCAUUGGCUGGACAGUCACUGAACCUGGAGUGCUUUGCCUUUGGAAAUCCUGUGCCCACCAUCAAAUGGAGGAAGCUUGAUGGGUCCCUGCCUUCCAAGAUCUUGGAAUCCAUCAACAAGCCCAUCCUACAUAUUCCCGAUGUACAGUUUGAAGAUGAAGGCGUGUAUGAGUGUGAGGCCGAAAACUCAAAAGGAAAAGACUCAACUCAGGGCCGGAUCAUCAUUCACGCACAACCAGAAUGGCUUCAGAUUAUCAGUGACACAGAGGCUGAUGUCGGCGCUGAUCUGGAUUGGAAAUGUGCAGCAGCCGGGAAACCUCGGCCGACGUGCAGGUGGCUGAGAAACGGUCAGCUGCUAACCUCGAAGAACCGCAUUGUAGUCAACAAUUGCGCGUUGCGCAUUUUGAAACUCGUUAAGGAUGACUCAGGAAUGUACCAGUGUGUUGCCGAGAACAAACACGGGACCAUUUAUGCGAACGCAGAAUUGAAGGUUCAAGAAUUGGCUCCAGAUUUUCAAUCGAAGCCAGUGAAGCGGCUAAUUCCAGCGGCGAGGGGAGGGGAGGUCCUGAUUGAGUGCAAACCCCGUGCAGCACCCCAACCGAACAUCUUCUGGACAAAAGGGACCGAGAUACUUUCCAACAGCACAAGAACCACGGUAUUUGCAAAUGGUACCUUGAGAAUUCGGAACAUAAGCCGAAUGGAUGAAGGAAAAUACACCUGUUUUGCAGAGAAUUCCAAGGGAAAAGCAAACAGCACAGGCAUCGUGUCAGUCAGAGACGCCACAAAGAUUACUCUUGCCCCAUCCAACGCUGAUAUCAACCUUGGUGAAGAUGUUGUGUUGCAGUGCCAUGCAAGUCACGAUCCCACCAUGGACCUCACAUUCACCUGGUCAGUCAAUGACUCUCCUAUAGACUUUGACCUAAUGGGGGAGCACUUCCAUCGUGUUUCAAUGCGGGAAACAAUUGGAGAUCUCAAGAUAACCAAUGUACAGCUGAAACAUUCUGGAAUAUACACAUGCACUGCUCAGACAGUGGUGGACAGUGCCUCUGCGUCUGCAAUGCUGGUUGUGAGAGGUCCACCCGGUCCUCCAGGAGGUGUUGUGGUGAAAGAAAUUAACGAUAGUUCGGUGCUGCUGAGUUGGAGCAGAGGCUAUGAUAACCACAGUCCAAUUGGCAAGUACAUAGUACAAGCCAGGACAUCACUCUCUGAUGAAUGGAAGACUGUCAGAACAGUUCCACAACACAUUGAGGGCAAUGCGGAGACCGCCUGGGUAAUCAACCUCACGCCGUGGAUGGAUUACGAAUUCCGAGUCAUCGCGAAGAACAUCCUGGGGACCGGUGACCCCAGCCUGCCCUCACAAACGAUACGCACCAGAGAAGCUGCUCCAACAGUUGCUCCAUCAAACAUUAGUGGAGGAGGUGGAGAUCAGCACGAGGUGACCAUGUUGUGGAUGCCCGUGCCACGUGAGUACCAGAACGGUGAUGGUUUUGGUUACAUCAUCACAUUCCGAAAAGAAGGGACAAAGGACUGGAAAAAUGCAAAGGUUCUGGGAGCUGAUUCCUCACGAUACGUUUACCGGAACGAUACAAUUGCAUCAUACAGCCGAUUCGAAGUGAAGGUGAAGGCCUUUAACAAUAAAGGGCAGGGGCCGUACAGUCAGAGUGCGAUUGUCUACUCUGCAGAGGAAGAACCAAGUGUUGCCCCCUCUGAGGUAUCAGCCCAAAGCCUGACCUCUUCUGAAAUCGAGGUGAGCUGGCGUGCUGUCGAACAGGUCACCAUGAAUGGUAUUCUUCUGGGCUAUGAGAUCAGGUAUUGGAGAGACAACGAUAAGAAGGCAUCGGCUGACCGCAUGAGAACGCCAGGGCUGGAGUUGUCAGCUCGUGUCACCGGUCUGAGGCCCAGCACUCUAUACCACGUGGAAGUCAGAGCCUAUAAUAGCGCUGGGAGUGGUCCUCCCAGUCCCUCUACAACCGUCACCACAAAGAAAGCACCUCCAAACCGCCCACCAGGUAAAAUCUCCUGGAGAUCAGCUGGCUCCUGGGUCAAGAUCAAAUGGGAUCAUGUCAAGGCCUUUGAAAAUGAAUCUGCUGUGGAUGGAUACAAGGUACUGUACAAGGCUGAAGAUCAAUCAGAAAUCAAAAUGAUAGAAACCAGUAAGAACUCGGUGCAAAUCCCAUUUACCAAUGACAUGAGCUACCUGGUGAUGAUCCGUGCCUCUGGCGAAGGAGGAGAUGGUGCGGCUGCAAAGAUCCGAAUAUCGAAGAGCUCAGCUCCGGCAAACUGGCAGGCUAGAUCAGAUCUAGAGCUGGAGGCUGACUUGAUGAGAUGAAAGCCAAUCACAAAAACUUGGGAUGCCUCCAUUCAUACUCACAAAGAAGAGACACAGUUAAUUACCGUUCCAAUACCUUUGGGAGUGAGGAACGGGAACUGAUGGUAAUGUGUAAAUAAAUUCACUAAUCUCAAUGAAUAAAAUUUACUUUCUCUAAUUAACGCCUCAUGUUAAAUGGAAAAACAAUUGUACCCACAUCUGUGAUGCUCACAGGGAGUUCAACACUUCCAUAAGAAAACAGAAUGUUUCUGUUGAGUUUGAAUGAAUCAUCUUCAUAUGCUCAGAGUAUCAGACUCAUUAAUGUACUAUAUUGUAUUUGAUUUAUAAAUAAAAGCCUGGCCUCCACAACCU